AUGCAUUUUAAGUCGUACGUCGCUGCGGCCAUUUAUGGCCUGCCGGCUCUUGCGCAGGCCGCACCCUCUGCAGCUUCGUCCUCCUCGAGUGCUAGCUCGAGCGACCCUCAUUUCAAGACCUACACGAUCAAGGCGGAGAAUAUCACUGCCACGCUGAUCCCUUACGGUGCACGCCUGACUUCUCUCUUGGUGCCAGACCGUAAGGGUCAGGAGCAGGAUGUCAUCGUUGGCUACGAUGAUCCUGAAUACUACCUUCACGACAGUCAAACCAACCGUACUUUCUUCGGUUCCGUCGUUGGUCGCUACGCGAACCGGAUUAAGAAUGGAACCUUCUCCAUUGAUGGCACUGAUUACCACAUUCCGGAGAACGAGCACGGCGGUCUGGAUACCCUCCACGGCGGCCCUGUCGGUUAUGAUAUGCACAAUUGGACCGUCACUUCGCACACUGACUCGUCCAUCACCUUCACCCUCUUGGACCAGGGCUUCGAGAACUUCCCCGGCGACGUGAUCUCACAUGCCACCUACAGUGUCUCCACCGAGAAGUCGGCAGCGAACCCCAAGGGUCUGCCUCAAUUGACCACCAAGCUUGUGUCGCUGGCUCUGACCGAGAAGACCCCCAUCAUGCUUGCCAACCACAUCUACUGGAACCUGAACGCGUUCAAGAACCCCACCAUCCUGAACGACACCACUCUGCAGCUCCCUCUCUCCGAGCGAUUCAUCGUUGGAGAUGGCAUUCUUAUCCCUACUGGUGAGAUUGACGACGUGGACACCGCCUACGAGGGUGCUCUGGACUUCACCGAGCCUAAGCUCGUCGGCGAAGACAUUGAUAAGACUACCGGCCUGUGCGGUACCGGCUGCACCGGUUACGACACCUGCUGGUUGGUGGACCGCCCAGCUGCCUACGGUUCCGGCGACGCGGUUGUCCCGUCCGUGCGCGUCUCCUCCGACACGACCGGUAUCUCCCUGGAGAUUGCCACCAACCAGGCCGCUAUCCAGGUCUACUCCUGCAACGGCCAGAACGGCACCAUCGCGACCAAGGAAUCGCAGGCCAAGCGUAACAAGGCCCAGGAUGGCGACUCUGGCGCUGCCUACGUCAACAAGUAUGGUUGCAUCGUCUUCGAGACCGAGGACUGGAUUGAUGGAAUCAACCAGCCUCAAUGGGGUCGCCGCCCUUACCAGAUUGCUGGCCCUGACGAUGGCCCCGUCGUCAACUUUGCUACUUACCAGUUUGGUACCGUGUAA